AAGAGGCUCAGCGCCUGCAGUCAGAUCCAAGAAGCAGCUUUAUCACACUGUUACGUAACACACACACACACACACACACACACAGGUACAGGACUGAUGUGAGGACACAGCCACACCGCCAUCGUCAGCACUGGGCAGAUCAGAUUUAACUGCCCCCCGCCCUCAUGACCCCCCCCUCCUUAAGUUUCCCUCAUGGCCCGUGGUAACACUCUCCCUGGGUGUGCUUUCUUUGUGCGCGUGUGUUGUACAUCCUCUCUCACGUGCGUUGCCUCCUCCGGCUGGCGAGGAUGUAAUCAGGUGAGUUAUGAGGCGUGAGCGACAGACGUGACAAAAGCGCUUUGGACACAAACACGGCCGACAUGUUUCACAUCAGAUACAUUCUUUAUGACUUGUUCGGUCGUCUCAUAAUGGAAACUACGAUUACUGAUGACACCUGAAAAUAUGUGAGAGGUGUUAUAGUAAUACUAGUGAUACACAAACGCUAUUUCUUUGGGAAGUUUCCUUUUUUUUUCAAAUUAAUUUUGAAAAAUUAAGGAAAGAAAUUCAGAAUUAUAAACACAAUGUAAUUAUUAAUGUAUAAAUGCAAAUAACAUCAGUCAUAAUAAUAAAAUAAUAGUACAAAAAUGAAACAUCUUAAAACAUGGAGCUAUUUUUCGUUGUAUAAUAAUUUGAGAAUUUCCUACAUUCCACGGUUAAAAUCAGUGAAAUAAAACAAAUCAAACAUUAAAGAAACACGAAGAGUCUUCGGCUUCAUCGGACGUAAACCUGUCGAUGGAGGUUUUAACAGACUAUGAAGUAAAGAAUUAACAUGGUUACAUAACACGGCUCCUCUAAUCACUCUUUGAAUCCUAAUAUGUGCUGGCAUAAUCUAUGGCCUGCUCAUGUAAGCAAGCCGUGGCCUAAAACGUGACGGUGUCACAGUUUAUGAAGCUUAUGACUAUUAAUUAUCAUCGUUGUUGUUGAGCAGCAGACUCAUCUUCUAAACAUAGAGAGCAGAUCUGAUCCUGCAGCCGGUGUCACGUUUAAACAGGUGAGGGAACAAGUGAUGUGUGUUUGUUGUUCCCAAAGAUCUACAUGUAGUUAUUGUUGUAAUUUAUAAUUCUUCUUCUCUAUAAGACACAAAUGCUGGCGUGAGAACAGAAGCAGAAAUGGAAACUCGUAUGACGGCCGUGUAUAUAAUGCAUUGUAAACAGGCCGUUAUAGUUUCUAUGUGUUAUAAACAACAAACGUUGCAUACAAGAUGAUCAACUGAAGACUGAUCAUCAACGCUUGAGGCAAAAUAUUGAUUAAAGAAAAAAGCUUCAGGAAUGUGAAUGACAACUAUCCCAAAAUGUUUAUACCCCCCCAUUCUUUUUUAUUAAUAUGAAAUCUUUGUCAUUAUUAUUGAGGGGUUGCAAACCAUGACCCUGUUUGCAUUUAAUUGAGUGGAUAAUACAUAUAUGCUUUCAAUAAUUAAUAAAGCAAUAAUGCAGAACCUCAUGAGGUCACUUUCAUAAGAUAUUAAAAGGCACCACCAGCAGAUUAUAAGUAACUUAACGCUGCAUAAUACAUGAAGAAGCGAUGGUUUGGACACCGGUCAGUUAUCUGCUUCUAAUCUAAUCUAAUGAAUGCUGUUUCUGAGGUUUUCUACUUUUUAACAAGACAAUGAGACGUUUGAUCGAACGGUUAUGAAAUUAAGCUCCUAAUUAAAUGAGAGUGUCUUUUGGGCUUUUGCUUCAUCAUAAAAAAUAAUGCAGAUUUUUGUUUUUGUUAAAUCUUUUGAACUAAAAACGUAAUAUUACAUGAAUGCAUUACACUUCUGUAGGUUGUAAUCAAUUUGUUCUUAACAAUCAAAUGGUGGAAAUCUGGGUGGAAAUCUCCCUUUAGCACGUUUCCUUACUGUCUUUUUAAAAACAGGAAUUACUUUAUACCCAUCAGGACUAAUCAGCGCGUAACUGGGUGGAAUCCCCCGAGAAACACUGAUCUCAGACGACUAAUUAACUGGUAAAUCUUACAAAGGUCACCAGUGUGUUGGCCAAAGCAUGAAGAGAGUAGCCACCAUAUGGCGAAAGAUGCCCACAAGAAGUGUGUCUUCACUGCUCUUUUAAUCUUUUGAGCUAAUUCUGUGUCUUCUCCCCCCGUCUUCUGGUGAUUGCCGAUGGGGCCCCGGCAGACGAAAUGUGGUCGACCUCUAAUCUACUUAACUGCUUUCCACUUUGUUUUUUUCCAAUUAUGGUGGAGCCGUGUUAUUGUGGAGCUGGAGGUCGCUGGCGUCGUCAUGGAUUCUGCCCUCAGAGCACAUUUUCCUCUUACGGUGUUGAGCAGCAAUGAAACGGUUCUGACCGCGAGGGCGGUUGUUGAAAAACCCAAUUGUGCAAAAGAUUAUGUUUCUACAUGGAUAGUAAAAUCAAACGACUCUGUUUGUCCGACCCGCCCGGCCGCUCCUUCCGUCGACUUCCUCGCUCCUCGUCCGCCGACCUUCAGAGCAUCUACGCUCGUCUACGUCGUGGCGUGAGACGACGCACGCCGCUUCGAGGGGAGUUAUCACCUGGCCGUUACUGUUCUCAGUGAACAUUGUGGACCGGCACCGAACGGCCGACGCACACAGUCAUCGACUAUCUGGAGAGGAAAGUGGAGCAUUUAGCAGCUAGAGGAAAAAACAGGCCUAAAAGGAGAGAGCUCAUCACUCCAGAUGAACGUUAAUGCUGCUCAUUAAUGUGUCUUUUUCUUGUCGGUCUUCGCCUUUCUUGUCUUAACCACGGCAGGAUCACGCAGUGCAUUUCAUCUCAGCCGUAAUUGACCGUCAUUUUUCUGCUAAAUACAGCAAGUCAAUUUGACAUAAAGAUGAUUGCGUGGCUGCAUUUGUCUUAUUCUCUGGUGGCUGGCGGCUUUGAUCGCUGCCUGUGUAAAUGCCACACAUAUGAUGAUUCUGGCUUAUUAAUAAUUAAUGGGAGACCCUCAUGAAUGAGCUAAUUUAGUGUCGGCUGAGACAGCCCUCCAAAACUCUGUUAUUCCCCCUGUGACCUUUUUGUUCUGGCAGCCAGAGGGAAGCGGAUGAUCUCUAGUUUGUGCAAAAAAAAAAAGAGUGAAAUGGGAGUUAAUAGGCAGCUCCUCGGCAAACACUGGGGGUCAUUAUGAAUUGGAAGCAAUCACACAGAUCAAAUAUACGGCAGGCGGAAAUGGAGCUGGAAUUUGAAAGGGGAAAUACAACAAAUUGAGGAGGCUGGUAAAUAUAAUAAUGCGCGCCUCACGCAAUCAUCCCUUUUAAAUGCAGACACCGAAGAGGAGCGUUGACUGAUGGACGCCCUCAUGGACAGAGGAGACACCAGGAGACGGAGCCGCAUGGGAACCCGGUCUAAAGUUACAUCUCUUCUGACAGAGAGCUUCAGGCGUCGUCGCUGUUGCUGUUUUUCCCUCUUCUCCCGCUCGCAGACCUGACGGAGAAGCGCCAAUGCUCCGUCGAUGCGACCGAUUGAUCCAGUGGAUGAACAGUAAAGAUUAAGGGGAUGCCAAAUAGACCUGCUGCUUACACAGCGCGUGGGGCUAAUCCUCUUCCUCCAGCACCUCCACCCCCUCACCACCACCACCACCCGCCCCCUCCCCCCCUGGGCUCCCUUUUGAGGCACUGCCCCCGGGGAAGCGCCCACAGACAGUGACGGACCCCGACGGCAGCCUGUUGACCUGCCGCACAGGAACCAGAGGCUGCGACACAGUGCAGGAGCCGUCUGCCCAGCGGGGACCACUCGAGGCCGGACGCCUACGUCAUUCUUAUUUAUUCAAACCCAGAGAGGGGACUCUUUUUUUUUUUUUUUUUUGGUGCUUUCUUGAUAAAUGACAAACUUUGGAGAAGAGGAUUAACAGUUUGCCAAGAGAGUUCCUCAUCUCCGUUUGCCAUUUUAGAAAGAACACACAAUGAUGAUGGAGGGUCACCUGUUGCAGGUCCCCAUGGCGCCGUCCCCUCCCCACAGCGAGUCCCCUGGGAGCGUCGUGAUGGACGACAGCAGAGGAGCCAAGAGUCCGUCCCCGGGCAAAGCUCCGAGCCCGGCUCUGGUCUGCAAAGUGUGCGGAGACACCAGCAGCGGGAAGCACUACGGCAUCUACGCCUGCAACGGCUGCAGCGGCUUCUUCAAGCGCAGCGUGAGGAGGAGGCUCAUCUACAGGUGCCAGGCCGGUACUGGCAUGUGUCCGGUGGACAAAGCUCAUCGCAACCAGUGCCAGGCGUGCCGGCUGAAGAAGUGCCUGCAGGCCGGCAUGAACAAGGACGCAGUACAGAACGAGCGGCAGCCCCGCAGCACAGCUCAGGUGCGCCUGGACUCCAUCGACGUGGACCCUGACAAGGAGCACCUGGCCACGACGCGGGAGCCCACCUCCUCCUCUUCCUCCUCCUCCUCCUCCUCCGCCUCCUCUUCCGCCUCCUCGUCCUCCUUCUCCUCAGUCAUCACGUGGCCCCACAUUACCUCCUCCGUGUCCAUCGCCUCCUCUGCUGCCCCGCAGCGCUGCGUCAGCCCGCAGAACAACCACCGCUUCAUGGCCAGCCUCAUGACGGCCGAGACCUGCGCCAAGCUGGAGCCCGAGGACGUUGACGAGAACAUCGACGUGACGGGCAACGAGCCGGAGCGAGCCUCCUCGGAGUACCACGUGGCUCUCUACCCGCCCAGCUCCGAGAACGUGUUCGAGACCUCGGCCAGGCUGCUCUUCAUGUCGGUGAAGUGGACCAAGAACCUGCCCGUGUUUUCUAACCUGCCCUUCAGAGACCAGGUGAUCCUGCUGGAGGAGGCGUGGAGCGAGCUCUUCCUGCUCUGCGCCAUCCAGUGGUCUCUGCCUCUGGACAGCUGCCCGCUGCUCUCUCUGCCGGACCUCUGCCCCGGCUCGCAGGGGAAGACCAGCUACACCAGCCUGGACCUGCGCCUCCUGCAGGAGGUCUUCAGCCGCUUCAAGGCCCUCGCCGUCGAUCCCACGGAGUUCGCCUGCCUCAAGGCCGUCGUGCUCUUCAAACCGGAGACUCGUGGUUUGAAGGAUCCAGAACAGGUGGAGAACCUGCAGGAUCAGUCUCAGGUGAUGCUGGGACAGCACAUCUGCUCACACUACCCGAGUCAACCAUCCAGAUUUGGAAAGCUGCUUCUUCUUCUUCCUUCUCUGCGCUUUGUGAACUCGGAGCGGAUCGAGCUGCUGUUCUUCCACCGGACCAUCGGAAACACUCCCAUGGAGAAGCUGCUGUGUGACAUGUUCAAAAACUAAAGCCCCGUGCAGCCGUCAAUAACCUGUCAAUAACCUCCAUGUUUCAACGAUAUUUGCUUUGUGUUUCUGUAAACAUAUCAGAGAUUCUGCGUGCUGUUGUUGUUGUUUCUUUAAUGUUUCUUUAAUUAAUUCUUUGAUGCCACUUUAUUGUUCGUCUGUUGUUUCCACAUCAGGUCAUUCUGAAAAUCCGAUUCUUAUCCUCAUGCUUGCAGUCCAUUUGUAUCAUAUUUAGAUUUUGAUUUGUGUCCGAAGAGACUCGUGCACACAUUUCGUCUUUAGCGUCUCAUUGUUUAUGUGACAUUUACAAUGCAGAUCUUUAUUUGUUAGCUGAUAGAUGGGCUGUAAAACGCCUGCUGUCAACGAUCGGACUCUUAUAUUCAUAUUUUAAUGUCUUGACAAAGUAAAAAUAUGCUUGAAAGUGUUUUUGAUCAGUUUUUUUUUUUUUUUUUUUUACAUUUUAGCCUAAAAUACUUCAUCAUGCCUGAAUUUAAAGAUACAAAUUUAUAAGAAAAAGGAAAAAUAAAUAAAUGGCACAUAUUGUGUGUCAGCUAUUGUGUGUGUUAAAGGGGGAAUCAACCAAACAGCGCCCUCCUCUGUCUGGUGUAUCACACAGAACCCUCAACACACACACACACACACACACACACACACACACACACACACACACACACACACACACA